AUGUCUGGUGGUCCCACUGAAAUGAAAACUGAAGGAGAACGCGAUACAAAUGGACCCCAGGAGCAACCUGGGCAGAAUUCUCACCCCGGCGGUCCGCGCGGUGGACGUGGCGGCGGUGGCGGUGGUCCUGGACGCCAAAGGUUCGGCGGCCAAGGACGUGGAGGAAGAGACGAUUCAAGGAUGAGAAAUCAAGAU